AUAUUUACAUUUAGCAUGUUUUGGCAGACUGUCAGGUCCUUUUGAAUGUAUAUCGUAGAACGUAGACACUAUCAAUAUAUAAACACAGGUGUUCUCUUUGAUGUUACACUACACUACUAGUUUCUUUCUGUCAAAGUGUCAUGAUAUGUCAGCAAUUUAAAGUGAUGCCAUAAUAAUUUAAUUUAGCAAUUGAAAAAAAAUAUCAUAAUUAUGUUGAAUCUUCUGACAUAAAGAAUAUUUAAGUGGAUAUGGAUUGGAUGGAAUCAUAUGAAUGCCGUGCAUUGUACAAGAAAAUUCUUCAAACCUUUUCUUCACGUCCAGCAACUCCUGACAGACAAAUGAAAAACAUGGACGUCCCUGUAACCAGUCUGUGGACGGAGCUGCAGAGGGAAAAUAAGAUCCCCAAGGGAGUGCUCACAUCCAACUGUGAGCUGGAGCUGCAGGAAUUAAUGAAGCAGAUCGACAAGUCUGUGGCGGGCAGGAAGAGGGAGUGGGAGCGCGAGCGUGAGAGUCUGCAGUCCAGGCUCAAUGUACGCGAGAAGGAGGGACAGAUGCAGAAGACCACACUGGAGCAGAAACAUAAAGAGAUUGGAGAGUUGAGGGUGAAACUGGAUACGUCUGAGAACAAACAGAGAGACCUGGUCAGCCAAUAUGAGACACAGCUGUCACAGAUGAAAACAGAGGUUCAGAACAUCCAUCGAGAGUAUGAGCGGCUACAGAAGCGCUAUACAAAGCACAAGAGAGAGACUGAGCGAGACAAAGAGAAAUCCUCACUGGAGAUCCAGGACAAUGCGCAGGAAGUACAGAGGCUCGCAAAGAAGGUUGAGGAUUAUAGGCAAAGAUCAAAGGAGUGGGAGAUAGACAGAAGAGCGCAGCAAAAGCAGAUUGAAAAUCUGGAAUCCCAGCGGAAAGCCAUCUCCGAGAAAUGUGAAUUUGUACAGCAACAAUUUGAAGAGCUAGAAUCACAUCGUGAGUCGCUGAUAGACAAAUGUGACAGGGUUCAGCAACAAGCACAGACGUAUCAGGCACAGUUAGAUAGGCGGCGGGAGAUUCUGGACAGCACAGAGUUGAGUUUGAACUCACAAAUUGCACAGCUUGAGGCCAAGCUAAGCACCUCGACUGAGUCACUCCGCAUUCAGAGCUCAAAGGUUGAGAAAUUGAAGCAGUCACUAGAGGAGGCCAUGAAUGCACACAAGAAGGCGAUGGACGACAAUGAGAGACUGCUCAGUGACCUCAAAAAGGCCACAACGUCAAUCAGAAAACUGGAGGAGCUGAACACGGAACUGCAGGCGGAGUUACGCGCCCGCGACAACUUCCUACAGAUGUCGGAGGAGGACAGCAAACAACAUGAGAAGGACCUGGCCAUACUGAAGGCACAGAUAGAGGAGAAAGAUGCCAUCAUCAAAAAACUUGGUGAUACACGCUCACAAUGUGAAGAUGAAACCAUACAAGUGCUGAGGAAGACGGUCUCAGAAGUAGAGGACCAAGCCAGGAUAAGUCGUCGAAGUGAGGAGCUGCUGAAACAAGAAAACCAGCAGUUGCAGGAGGAACUGGGACUCAAGAGAGAGGACUGUGACAGCCUGGACCGAAAACUAGAAAAUAAGCAUAUAUUUAAAGACAUCUCCAAGCUGAAGGCUGACAUCGAGAGGUUGGAGGCGGAGUUGGGCUUGAUGAAGAGGCAGCUGUCAGACGCCCAGGAGAUGAUUGCCUCCCUUGGGGGAAAACAUGACGCUGAGCUCUCCGGGAUGAGGGAACACCUGGCUAAGGUAACAUUUGAUCUGCACACCAACAGCAGCCACCUGACCAGCGUAAGUGAGAAGGCGAGGUCGAUGGAGGAGCAGAUAGUGAGCUCUAGGGAUGAGAUCAAGAUGAAAGACUCUGAACUUAAGGUGGCUAACGCGCAGGUGGAAGGUCUAAGGCUGGAGAACAGGCACCUGCGGCAGACGAUCAUCAACCAGACCCAGAAAACCCUCGACCAAUCAGAGACUGAGAAUCAACUCCGGGAGCGGGAGCAGCAGUAUCGUGAUAAGAUAAAGUCCCUUGAGAAGGAGAACGUGAGCCUUAAGGAUGAGUUGAACGUUUUACGUCAAGACUUGACGGCCAUGGAGGACCGCUAUGACGACACGCUACAGAGGACCAUACAUGAGGCUGAGAUGUCCCAUGCAGAGGAGAUGGCCAGGGAACAGAGGCGUCUACAGGACAUAGAGGAGGAUGCAGAUCGUCGCGUUAACAUGCUUCAGGACCGCCUCGACUCGACCAUCAACCGCUACGAGGAACAGCUACAGUUGCUACGGAGACAGAAGGCUCGCCUAGAGGACGACCUUGACCAAGAAAGGAGAGCCGGCUCUUCUUUCCAUCGAGGUGACAUCGUGUUGGAAGAGGGUGAGGAGGGGGUGCUCUAUGUCAACGAUGACAUGUCUCUUACAGGGUCAGACAGCUUGCUCGACAUGCCCGUUGAUGGUAAUUCCCUCGGUGGUACGGCCUCGGAGAAGUUCCUACAGGAGGAGCAGGCUCGCACCCGACAACUAGAAAACAUCAUUGACAACCAUAUAGAAACGCUGAAAUCCAACUCAGACUUUGCAAUAAAAAAGCACAAGAGAUAGUUGGUUAAAAUAAUCAAGGGUAGGGUGUGAAACUGAUGUUUUUGAAUAAGAAAGGAGUCUGACUCUAGGAAAAAGGAGCUUAAUUUGUGUGCAUACAGUGUCGUCUCAGAUUAGCAUGUGCAGACUGCACAGGCUUAUCCUGGACAACACUCCACUCUUUUGUAUUUUUGUUGAGAGAAAGUCUCUUCUUACUUAGCAAAAUCCAUUUUGAGAUGUAAAGUGUUGGCCCAGAUUAGCCUGUGCAGACCGCACAGGCUUAUUUGUGACAACACUGGACACACAUGCAUUAAGCCCUGUUUUCCCAGAGGAAGGCUCAAAUGUCAAGCCGUUGCAUUAGUUUAAUACUAAUCCCUUGGGAUGUUAAUAAGAAGCAUCAAAUCAAAAUCUGUGAUAAGUAUUAUUUUAUUACUAACAAAUGUUUGUAUGUAAAUUUAGUUAUGCACUUGUAUAUGAAUUUUGUGUUGUUAUACCGUUUUGCAAUAAAUGAUGCGUCAUUAAGUUAUAGAAUCAAAAACUUUUUCAAUCAAAUAGAUAAGUUUACCUCUUCCUACAUUACUGCCAUAACAAAUCAUGUAGUCUAGAAUUGUACAUGUGUUGAGAUCUAUUGUUUCAGACACAAUAACAUUACCGUAGCAUAUAAAAUUGUAUAUAAAUUGCACUUUUAUUAGCUCCCAUGUCAUUUAGACACUACAACACUCUUUAAUGUCUUUAUGUAGGAUGAAUUAGUGAAAGUUCAGCCAAGUCCACAAGAACUAUAAAUGUCUAGCUCUUAAGUAAAUUACAGGUUAUAUUAUGACUUUUUGGAGAAUGGACUGUUUGGAUGUUAUUGUUGAUUGGAUGUUAUUGUUGAUUUCAUAUUGAUUACUUUAAAGGAAAAUACUACAAAUGCAUCACUAAUUAGGUCAUUUAAAAUCAUGUUAAGUUGAACAUUGUUGGAAACCAGAGAGAACAGACAAUACUAGGUUUUAAUUUUUCAAUUACAUAUUGAAACUUUGUACACCAUUUCAUUUUGAAAAUCCAUAUGCCCUUGUACAGUUUCAAUAGGUUUCUUCCAACAUGCGUAAUUUUAGAAAAGCAAUCAAUUGCGUAUCAUUACGCUGUGCUCUGUGAAAAGGGGUUCAAUGCAUGUACAGUGUCUUCCCAGAUAAGCCUGUGCAGUCUGCACAGGCUAAUCAGCAAUAGUUUACUCCUAAACUGGAUUUUUGCUAAGAAGAGAUUUUCUUGAAACGAAAAAUAUCAUAUAAGUGGGAUGUGUCGUCCCUGAUAAGCCUGUGUGGUUUGCACAGGCUUAUCUGGGAAGACACUGUACGCACAUGCAUUAAACCCCUUUUCACAGAGUACGGCCCAUAUAUUUUACCCAAACAUUAAUCUUCAAUAAGGCACAACUAGUACAAAAACAUGAUGAAAUGAGCCUUUAUUUGUGAGACAUUUAUUUUUGUUGUUUCUGUGGUUUGCCUGAUCGAUGAAUUUAUUUCCCCAGAAAAAUAUACAAAUGAACAUGUCCACAUAAAAAGUCAUAAAAAACAACGAAAUUAAAUAAUGCCGAUGAAUAUAAAUGAUUGAAAAGUAUAUAUCAUAUAUGUGUAAGACCUUGAAAGGAUCUCAGAUUAGUAUUUAAGUGUAAAACGUAUUGCUGAUAUUUUUCACUUAACAGGUUUAUAUUUAUCACAGACAGUUUACAUUUUUGUUUUUUGAGUUAAAAUCAGGAGGGUUGAAUCUCAAAUGAAAAUCUAAAAGUCAUCAUUCAAAAAGGAUUUGUGGCAUUGCUAAGGUCGGUUCACUGUAUUUUCUUCAUGUAAAAAUCUUGCUCUCAUUAAGUGUGUUUUUUUAUAAUGUAAAAAUCGUGAAUAUCGUAAAAUGUGGGGCACCAAUCACAUAGACCUCAUAUAUGCUCUGCUAUAAUCUGUAGAUUAUGUUCUUUAUUUCAUACCUUUCGAUUUUUGGCCACGAAUGCUGACAGUCAAAUAAGAGAAACUCUUCUGGCUACUAGCUUUUACUAUUUCCAUAUCAUACUUUUAGCGGGUCUGCUUGUUUAUCUUAACCUUUUACCACUAAGAUAUGUAUUUUGACGCAUUUGUUGUCCCUUAGACAGUUAAGUUUAAUUUAAUGCUUUUCUUACUAAAUUCAUGAUUAAAAGGUUUCAUUUCCAAGCCUUUGAUACUGAUUAGCAGCAAACAGCACAACCUGAACAGACUGCCAGUUAAUCGCAGGCUGUUCUGGUUUUAAUGCUGUUUGUAUAUAGCCAUUUUCACUUUGCUUCUGAGUGGGAAAGGGUUAAUGCAAACACAUAUCCGGCUACAGCACUUAUCCUCAUUUAGCGAAAAAUGCAUUGUCUAAAUGUCUUGAUGUAAAAACAGUUUUUGAUUUGUGAUAUUUUUCAUAAAAAUAUUGCAAAAACAAUGCAUUAUAAAGAAAUUUUACACUAGAAUGGUGUUGUGAGACUGUGAAUGAGUCUCUUUGGGUUUACUAAUACAAGUUCUCAGAAUAUAAUACUUGCAUAAUUUUCUAUAUGGGUCUGGCUCUGAGAUAAGGGUGUAUAAUGCAUGUGCGUUAAGUGUCGUCCCAGAUGAACCUGUGCAGUCUUCACAGGCUAAUCAGGGAUUACACUCCAUCUAAACUGGAUUUUUGCUAAGAAGAGACUUUCUUUAAACGAAAAUAUCAUAAAAGCGGAAAGUAUCUCCUCUGAUAAGCCUGGGUCGACUGCACAGGCUAAUCUGGAAAGACACUUAACGUGCAUGCAUUACACCCCCUUUUCACAAAGUGCAGCUCAUAUAUAAUAACCAGUAUCCUGAACCAAUACAUCUGUCUUGAUAAUUAAAGCAUGUGUAAUCAUGUUUAUUAGUAACUCGUGAUUGUUUUCAGUUUACAUUUGAGUAUCUAUAUCAUGUUUAUUAUUUGUGCCUGUAUGUUUUGUUUUGUCUACCUCCUUUGCAUUUAUUUAUCUAUAAAUCUUUUAUUGGUUAGCAUACAUUUAAGUGUCGGUGUAUAUGGGUGUUAAUGACUUCAUUGUGACUUCAUUGUGACAGCUGCACAUAAGCUAAUUUGAUUGGAGUAAUUGCAAACAAAACUAUGUUUCUAUAUUCCAUUUUUAUCAUUUUGCCCACUUUCUUGCCAUUUUUAAACAGAUUUUUUUUGUUUGGGCAUUUUCAUUUCACUAAAGGAAAACACUACUCUGUUAUCUAAAUAAUGACUCUGAUAUUUAACCAGGUUUUCCGAAGGAAAAAACUGGUUAUUAGAUUGGCGAAUGCGGGCGGGCUGGCUGGCGGGCUGGCGGGCGGAACAAGCUUGUCCGGGCCAUAACUUUGUCGUUCAUUGUGAGAUUUUAAAAUCAUUUGUCACAUUUGUUAACCAUCAUUAGACGGUGUGUCGCGCAAAAAAAAUACGUCAAUAUCUCCAAGGUCUAGGUCACACUUUGAGUUCAAAGGUAAAAAAUUGCCAUAAAUAAGCUUGUCUGGGCUAUAACUAUGUCAUUCAUUAUGAGAUUUUAAAAUCAUUUGGCACAUUUGUUCACCAUCAUGGGACGGUGUGUCGCACGAAAGAAUCACGUCAAUAUCUCCAAUGUCAAGGUCGCCACGACUAAAAAUAUAUUUAUUUUAAAACAAACUUACAAAGGGGGUUAAUUUUGUUUGUUCAUUUCAAAAGUACAGUUUGAGUUGUCUCCCUUUAUCAGAUUUUUUUUCACAAUGAAAACCUGGUUUUGUGACAAUUUUGUCCCUUGUUUGAAUAUUGUUUUUAUUAAGUUUGUAAGCAAUAUCAUAAUCUUUGACUGUUUUAGAACUUUUUUUUCAAACAUACAGCUGUAUAAUUACAAAGUUUUCUUUACCAAUAUGCUUAAUUAUGUAAAACAGGGUUGAUUACAAGAUUGUACAUAGUAGAUUAAUUUUUGUAGUCAGAGAAUUUUAUAUCAAUUCAGUAAAAUAUGUGCUUUAAAACUUAAGUUGAGAAGCCUGUAUGUAUAUGACAUAUAUGCAAAGUAAAAAUACACAUGUUU